AUGAAGGCCUUUACAGCUAUCUUUACCAUUGGAGCCAUACUUGGCACUACCCUGGCCACACCUGUUAACCUAGGUGACAAGGCUGUUGAACGGCGCGACGUCGAGGUCGAUGACGCCGAUGUCGACAACGCCGAUCGACAAGGCAUCCUUCCGCCUCUCCUUCCAACACCUCCGUCACUCCCAUAUAUCCCUGUGCUUCCGACGCUACCACCUGUCCCGACUCUGCCAACUCUUCCAACUCUUCCGACUCUGCCAACUCUGCCGACUCUUCCGACUUUGCCAACUCUUCCCACUCUACCACCUCUUCCAACUCUACCCUCUCUAACACUACCAACACUUUCACCUGUCCCUGGGUUCCCGACUCUGCCACCUAUUCCUAUUCCUACAACCCCUGCUGAUCUGCUUACCUCCUUGAGAAUUGUUCUGACGCAGAUCAUAAACAUCCUCACCGCCAUCAGGAGUACCCUUCCCGACAGCGGUGGUCUUCCACCUCUGCCACCUCUGCCCCCUCUUCCCACGCUCCCCGGCAUCCCAAAUCCGCUUCCGGUGGUCCCGACUCCGGGUGUUCCCACGUCCCCCGAAGCCCUUCUCUCACAGCUGCAACUGCUCCAGUCCGGGCUCGGAUCACUCCAGACAAUAUUCAGCAACCCGCCCACUGGAGUGAGCGCCGACCAGCUGAAGGAUGCUCUGUCUAUUCUCGAGCAGAUCCAGACUCAGACCUCACCUGUCAUCGCCCGUAUCUUAACUCUCCUCGGUUCCGGUGGUCUACCCCUUACAGGAAUUCCUGGAAAUAUCGAUGGUCUGGUAGCAGCCGCUGGCGCUAUCCUCAACUUUUUCGGCACCAUCUUCGGGAUCCUUCCAGGCAUAUAUCUAGGCCAGGGAGGCUUCAGUGAUUUUGGCCGUUAG